AGCUUCCUUCUUCGGCGCGAGAGGGAGGGUGAGAGGUGGAGGGGGGGGGGGGGGGAGAGAAACGGGCUGACGGAAGGGGGAACGGCAGCUCGGCCAGUCGACUCUCGCUCGAAAGCCGCGUAAAUGCCGGAUUGACGCUGGGCAACUUCUAUUCGAUGACGUUGCGCGACACCCUCUGCGGCCCGCGAGAUGGACGCGGAACGCCGUUAAAAAGUGUGCGUUCGUCGAGCUAACCAGCGAGCGGCUAAGCACCAACCUUCUUGUCGAGGUUAACCCUUCGCGCCCACGGCUAGCCCCAGUUGACGGAAGCUCGGUUCGCCGCGGGGUGGCUGACCCAUCACCUCAUCCUCCGCCCAAAGAAAAUGAAGAAAUUCAACAUUCGCAAGGUGCUGGACGGCUUGACGGCGGUCUCCUCCUCCUCGUCGUCGUCGGCCGCGCAGACGGGGGCCGCCAAGGAGAACGACGCCGUCCCGGAGAGCCUGCAGUCGGAGCAUUUCCAGCUUUGCAAGACUGUGCGUCAUGGUUUCCCACAUCAGCCGUCCUCCAUGGCCUUCGACCCCGUGCAGAAGAUAUUGGCUGUCGGCACGCUGAACGGAGCUUUGAGGCUCUUCGGCCGUGCAGGUGUGGAGUGCUACUGUCAACACGAGAGUGGCGCCGCCGUCAUCCAGCUCCAGUUCCUCAUCAACGAGGGCGCGGUAGUGAGUGCCUUAGCUGAUGACAGCAUCCACCUGUGGAACUUGAGGCAAAAGAUCCCCGCCGUCCUGCAUUCGCUCAAGUUCAACAGGGAGAGAAUCACAUACUGCCACCUGCCCUUCCAAAGCAAAUGGCUUUACAUCGGCACGGAAAGGGGCAACAUCCACAUCGUCAACGUGGAGUCCUUCACCCUCUCAGGCUACGUCAUCAUGUGGAACAAAGCCAUCGAACUAUCCACCAAGACACACCCAGGGCCAGUAGUUCACAUCAGUGAUAACCCCAUGGACGAAGGAAAGCUCCUCAUUGGAUUUGAGUGCGGCGUGGUGGUGUUGUGGGACCUGAAGUCCAAAAAAGCUGACUAUCGCUACAAUUAUGAUGAGGCCAUCCACUCGGUAGCGUGGCACCACGAGGGCAAACAGUUUGUCUGCAGCCACUCAGACGGCACUCUGACCACAUGGAACAUACGAACCCCGGCCAAGCCGGCGCAGAUCACCACACCGCACGGAAAGCAGCCCAAAGAUGGCAAGAAGCCAGAGCCGUGCAAGCCCAUCCUGAAGGUGGAAUACAAAACCACACGGGCAGGGGACCCAUUUAUGGUUCUGUCCGGCGGUCUGUCCUACGACACGGUGGGUCGGAGAGCCUGUCUGACAGUGAUGCACGGGAAGAGCACCGCCGUCCUGGAGAUGGACUUCCCCAUCGUGGAUUUCCUCACCCUGUGCGAGACGCCGUAUCCCAACGAUUUUCAGGAGCCAUAUGCCGUGGUGGUUCUCCUGGAGAGGGAUUUAAUCGUCAUUGACCUAGGACAGAUUGGGUACCCGAUAUUCGAGACCCCCUACCCCCUAAGCAUCCACGAGUCCCCCGUGACCUGCUGCGAGUACUUUGCCGACUGCCCGGCCGAACUCAUUCCCGCACUUUACUCGGUGGGGACCCGACAGAAAAGGCAAGGCUACAGCAAGAAGGACUGGCCCGUCAGUGGGGGAAACUGGGGCCAAGGGACGCAAAGUUACCCAGAGAUCAUCAUUACUGGGCACGCCGACGGCUCCAUCAAGUUUUGGGAUGCUUCUGCACUGAUGCUUCAAGUGUUGUAUAAGUUGAAGACGGCCAAGGUGUUCGAGAGGGCCCGCGGCAAGGACGAGAAGGCCAACACGGACAUCGUGGACGAGGAUCCCUUUGCCAUCCAGACGCUGUGCUGGUGCCCCGAGAGCAGGAUGUUGUGCGUGGCCGGCGUGUCGGCGCACGUCAUCGUCUACCGCUUCAGCAAGCAGGAAAUCACCACCGCCGACGUGCAGCUCUUGGAAGUACGCAUGCAGUGCGACCCGAGCAAUUUGGACUCGCCUGAUGCCGCCGGGGACCAAACCCCCACACAGUCUUCCCCGGUGCUCCCCAGCCCCCAGGAGACCGAGCCCCCGGCCACCGCCUCCGGUCAGCCCUCCGCCGUCGGAAACACCAGCAGCUCUUCGGCGGACGGGCUGCGAGACAACAUGCCGUGUCUGAAGGUCCGCGUCUCCCCACUGAAGCAGUCUCCGGGGUACCAGGUGGAGCUGGUGGUCCAGCUGGUGUGGGUGAGCGGGGAGCCACCUCAGCAGAUCACUAGCUUGGCCAUAAACUCCUCUUAUGGACUGGUGGUGUUCGGCAACACCAAUGGCCUGGCGGUGGUGGACUACCUCCAGAAAACGCUGCUGCUCAACCUGGGCACGUCAGAGCUGCACAGCCCAUCCGAGCCCAUCCAGAGGCAGCCUUGCUCCCCGCGCAAAGCCCGCCACCCGUCUGGAGCGCUGUGCGAUUCCAGUGAUGGGCCCAACACUGCAGAGGAGCGCUGCAAGUCGCCCAACUCAGGAUCCAACUCGCCCUGCAAUUCUGAUGACGAGCGCAAGGCCAAGUUCAUAGAAAAGGUGAAGUACAAAAGCAGACGCUUUUCCAAGACGGUUGCCAAUGACUUUGCUAGGAUGUCGCGGAAAAUUAGCUCGUCUAGUGAGCAAAAGCCCAACUCCGACUGGGGCACCAUCUCAUCCCGAAAGCACUUUUAUCACACCCACAAUGGCACGUCCAAGACCACCCGCAAGAGCGUGAAGUUGGCUUUCCCCCCAAGAAACUCUGACCACAACAUGAAUUCCAAGGACAACUUGUUCAGCCGCUCGCGCAGUUCCAGCGUGACCAGCAUCGACAGGGAGUCCCGCGAGGCCAUCUGCGCCUUCUGCUUCUGCGAGACUUUCCCCAGGAAGUUGGCGGACGCCUCGCCCGGCCCAUGCCUGCUGGUGGGCACCACCCACGGCGCCGUCAUGUUGCUGUCCCUCAGCGUGCCCUCCGGUGACCAGCAGAGGCUCCUGCAGUCGGUCGAGAUCUCCUCCUCUGGCAUGGUGACCAAACUCAAAGGAGGCAUCUUGACGUUGGGCCUGUUGGACGCGGCCGGAGCCGCGCUGCCCGCCCCCUACGAGGCCUGGUACGAUCCCAACGCCUCCGACGAGGAGAAAGAGAAGGAGAAGAGCCGGUGGCGCAGGCCGGCGUCGCCGCCCUCGUCGCACGACGGCCACGACUCGCAGUUCGCCGUCCUGUGCUCGGAGAAGCAGGCCAAGGUGCUGGCCAUGCCGUCGCAGACGCGCGUCUACAAACACAGCAUCACCGAGUCGUCCUUCGUGCUGAGGGCCGACGUCGUGGAGAUGGCGGGGGUCAACUGCAUCGCCUGCUUCUGCGCCAACGGACACAUCAUGAUGCUCAGCUUGCCGAGCCUGCGGCCCCUCCUGGACGUCAACUACCUGCCGCUGACGGACAUGCGGAUAGCGCGGACGUUCUGCUUCUCCAAUCUGGGCCAGGCUCUGUAUCUCACCUCCCCCACGGAGGUGCAGAGGAUCACUUACAGCCAGGAUACCUGCGACAACCUCCAGGAGAUGCUGAGUGAGUUGUUCACACCAGUUGAGACCCCCGAGGCCCCCAACAGAGGUUUCUUCAAAGGCCUCUUUGGUGGGGGAGCUCAGUCCCUGGAUCGGGAAGAUCUCUUCGGCGAAACGGGGUCCGGGAAGGCCUCCCGCACCCUGGCCCAGCACAUCCCCGGCCCGGGCAACAUGGAGGGCAUGAAGGGCGCGGCGUCGGGCGUGGUGGGCGACCUGGCCCGCGCGCGGAUCGCGCUGGACGAGCGAGGGCAGAAGCUCGGCGAGCUGGAGGAGAGGACGGCCGCCAUGAUGGCCAGCGCCGACUCCUUCUCGAAGCACGCUCACGACAUGAUGCUGAAGUACAAAGACAAGAAGUGGUACCAACUCUGAUGAUGGCCGGCACCGCCUGGACGAGCGAUGUGGACUCUGUAGUCACGUACACACACACACUUACACACACAGAAAUCCGGCCGAGGACCUGCGGUUCCUCCGUCAUCCUCGCGGUCUCUAAUUCUCUCCGUCGGCGGAGUUUUCCUGGGCUUUUUGGACUUGUUUUUUUUUUUUUGUUUGUUUGUUUUGGGUCACUUCGCUCUGCAUGGCCUCGCCGGCCGAAAGGACUUAAAUGAGGAGUAAAAGUCUGACUAUCCCG